GUUCGCCCCACAUUAAUUGGAGUCUUAAACGAAAUUUACAGCGCAAAUCGGGUGCAAAAGAUUUGUGGAUCUUAUAACACCAUAGAAUCUUUAUUGCCGAGAUUUAAAGCACAGUCCAAGGAAGCAAGACUUCUCCGUUGAUGAGUUAGGGUUAGGGUUUCUGCGCAAUUUGGAGAGGGUAUGUCGACAAUGGCGAAAGAGCAGGAAUUCCAGUUGUACAACAGCAUGACGAAGCAGAAGGAGAUCUUCGUGCCGAAAGAGCCUGGUAAGGUUGGGAUGUACGUUUGCGGCGUGACGGCUUACGACCUCAGCCAUAUCGGUCACGCUCGCGCCUAUGUAGCCUUCGACAUCCUCUUCAGGUACUUGAAGCACUUAGGUUACGAAGUGAAUUAUGUACGGAAUUUCACAGAUGUUGAUGACAAGAUAAUUCGUAGAGCAAACGAGCUUGAGGAGGAUCCAUUAGCUUUGAGUAGCCGCUAUUGCGAAGAAUUUCUCAUUGACAUGGUUGAUCUUCAGUGCCUUCCUCCUACGUAUCAGCCGCGUGUUUCUGACCACAUGGAACAAAUCAAGGGUAUGAUAGCUCAGAUUAUCAGUAAUGGUUGUGCCUACGAAAUGGAAGGGGAUGUGUAUUUUUCUGUCGAAAAGUUUCCAAGUUAUGGUCAGUUAUCUGGACGAAAGCUAGAGGACAAUAGAGCUGGUGAACGGGUUGCUGUUGAUACAAGAAAGCGAAAUCCUGCAGACUUUGCUCUGUGGAAGGCUGCAAAGCCUGGUGAACCAAGUUGGGGCAGCCCUUGGGGUCCUGGAAGACCAGGGUGGCAUAUAGAAUGCAGUGCUAUGAGUGCUCAUUAUCUGACUUAUUCUUUUGAUAUUCAUGGUGGCGGAAUGGAUUUGAUCUUCCCGCAUCAUGAGAAUGAGCUUGCCCAAAGCUGUGCUGCAUGCCCAGAUUGCCAUGUGAAAUAUUGGGUGCAUAAUGGGUUUGUCACUGCAAAUGAUGAGAAAAUGUCGAAAUCCCUUGGGAAUUUUUUCACCAUUCGUGAGGUUACUAAACUGUACCACCCGCUGGCCUUGAGGCAUUUCUUGAUGAGCACACACUAUAGGUCUCCUGUCAACUACUCAAUUCAACAGAUAGAAAUUGCAUCCGAAGCUGUUUACUACAUAUAUCAGACUCUGCAAGAUUGUGAGGAUGCUCUAUUACCAUUCCAACAAGGAAGCCAAGAGGGAACUGAAAAUGGAAAAAUAGCUCGCAUUACCCCGGCUGCCAAAGACUGCAUCAGUAAACUACGCGAUGAUUUUGAGACAAAAUUGUCUGAUGAUUUGCACACACCUUACAUACUGAACGCUGCUCUCCAAGAAGCUUUGAGAUUCACGAACAGUUCUAUGAACUUGCUCAAGAAGAAGCAACCAAAACAGCAACAAUUAUCAUUGGUUCAGUCCCUUACGGAACUAGGGAAAGAAGUUAAGAAAGUGUUGAGCACCCUUGGAUUGCUUGCUGGGUCAACUUAUUCUGAGGUUCUGCAGCAGUUGAAAGACAAAGCAUUAAAGAGAUCUGGGUUAACGGAAGAAGGCGUCUUACAUCUGAUUGAAGAAAGAGCAAUGGCAAGGAAUAACAAAGAUUUUAACAGGGGCGAUGAGAUUAGGAGUGAACUAGCUGCUAAGGGCAUUGCUUUAAUGGAUGUGGGAAAGGAAACAAUUUGGAGGCCAUGUGUACCACCAGAGCAGCCAUCUCUGCCUGUUCAAAAAGAGCAGCCCUCUGUGCCAGAUAAACAAGAAGAGCAGGUAGUGCCUGUUUCUACUUGAUGCUGUGGAACUCUAUUUUGGAUAAAAUUUUUUGAUCCAUAAUGUUAAUUAGGUCAGCUGAGGAACUACGAAUUUAUGGAAGAUGUCACAUGUACUAUCGUUGAUGUUGUAAAAUUUGGAUUUUCACCUUAUACCACAACCCUUGUUGGGUGGUUUUCAAAGGAAUGCAACAACUGUACAAUAUGGCUUUGUCUUGAUCAAGGGUUUUGGGCCAUGAAGAAGCAGGAAAUGCUAUUUAUAUAUGGUAACUGUUAUCAUACUGGCUUA